CUCUCCCAUCUGGCCUCUCAGGCCUAAGCGCCUCCGCCCGUGACGCCCUCCAAUAUCAGUUCCACUGUCACUGCCACUGCCACCGCCUCCUUACUGUCAUUCACUACCUUACUCAAUCAAUCAAUCACUCACCGUUGUCCACCUCACCUUCUGCGUCUGCUUCAACACUUCAAUUUGAUCAACUCAACUUCCACCUCACCUCCCUAACUACACCUCCAUCCAUCCUGUCUCGCCAACCCUCAACCCAUUCUCGCUCCAUUCUUCCAUUCCUUCAGCCUUUGUCCCCUGGGACACCGCAUUUCCUCCACCUUGCAUCCGAUUCAUCACUCUGUCUCUUACGGCAGCCUGGCUAUCUCCCUAGCCACGUCCACCACCGCGCACCUCACCUCACCCUCCAUUAACAACAACUCGCAACUCUCACAGCCCUCAUAACGCCACUGUCGAACAAACAGCUGCGCCAUGCACAUCGCCCUAUCCCGGUCUCUCACGUCUGCAUCCAAGUCCUGAACCUCUUCAUCUCCCUCCCUCCCUCCGCUCUCCCUCUCCUCCCCUCCACCAGCAACCUCGCCCUCGUCACCCUCUUCACUUCCCUCACAGCCUCGCUACCUCAUCGCCCACCAUGGCCGAUGACCCGCGACCACGGCUGGCUCCUCUCCAUACCAGAAAUAUCAGCGUCAUCACAGUCGAGUCUGACAGCUCAGACACGUCUCCCGGCCCAGGCGACGAUGAGGACACCGACUACUUCAUGGCUCACGCCAACGACUCACAGUCUUCUCUGGGUGCCGUGACUGCCAUUCGCGAUUGUGACGACGAUCUCGAUCUUGAACAAAUCCAUCGAUUGUCCCCAAUCUCCAAAUUACCCCCCGAAAUCUUGAUCGCCAUCUUCAGCAAGCUGACUACAACCUCGGACUUGAGAAAUUGCAUGCUCGUCUCCUAUCACUGGGCCCUCUAUGCUGUCGGCAUCCUAUGGCACAGACCAUUGUGCAACAAAUGGCCCAACCUGGUCAACGUCGUCGCCGCUCUCGAACGAGGUCAAGAUAGCUAUUUCCCCUACCAAGACAUGGUCAAGAGAUUGAAUCUCUCUGCUCUCGCUGACAAAGUCAAUGAUGGGACCGUCAUGUCCUUUAGAAACUGCAAGGCUGUCGAACGUCUCACCUUGACAAAUUGUACCAAACUGACCGAUCUUGGAGUCGGCUGCCUCGUUGAUGGAACCAAAAAGCUCCAAGCCCUCGAUGUCACCGACAUUGAAGCCCUCACAGACAUAACACUCCGAGAAGUCGCCCGAAACUGUCCCAAGCUCCAGGGCCUCAACAUCACCAAUUGUUCAAACAUUACCGACGAGUCUCUGAUCGAGAUCGCCCAACACUGUCGACAACUCAAGAGACUCAAACUCAACGGUGUUGUGAGAGCCACCGACGCCUCCAUCACCGCCGUGGCAAAGAAUUGUCGCGCCAUUCUUGAGAUCGACCUUGCCGGCUGUCAAUCCAUCUCCUCCGAGUCUGUCACCGCGUUGCUCUCCAACUUGUCCCAUCUUCGCGAGCUACGGUUGGCUCAUUGUGUCGACAUUAAUGAUUCGGCCUUCACCAACCUCCCCCCGCGACUGACCUUUGAUGCUUUGCGCAUCCUCGAUCUCACCGCUUGCGAACAAGUCCGAGAUGAUGCCAUUGCGAGAGUCAUACCCGCCGCUCCCCGUCUGAGAAACCUGGUUUUGGCAAAAUGUAGGCACAUCACUGAUCGUGCUGUGGCCUCCAUUUGUAAAUUGACCAAGAAUCUCCACUACAUUCAUCUCGGCCACUGCACCAAUCUCACCGACAAUGCCGUCAUCCAACUCGUCAAGGCCUGCAACCGCAUCCGAUACAUCGACUUGGCCUGCUGCUCUCGCUUGACCGACGCUAGCGUUCGUCAUCUUGCUCAACUCCCCAAAUUACGUCGCAUCGGCCUGGUCAAGUGCCAAAAUCUGACCGACUUGAGCAUCAUGGCCCUGGCUCGUGGUCCCUUGCUCUUCAGUCCCGCCGGCAAGGUCGCUGACCCUUCGCAAUUUGUUUCUCUGGAGAGAGUCCAUCUCAGUUACUGCAUCAACCUAACAUUGACCGGAAUCACUGCACUGCUGCACAACUGUCCGAGGCUGACCCAUUUAUCUCUGACUGGUGUCCAAGCAUUCCUCCGAGAAGAUUUGACCCGCUUCUGCAGAGACGCCCCCGCCGAGUUUACUCACCCACAACGCGAUGUAUUCUGUGUGUUUUCGGGGCCCGGUGUCGAACGUCUGCGAGAAUACUUGAUGCGUCUCGCAACCGAGGCUCAACGCGAGGGCAGUGAUGUCAUUGACGACAGUCUGCUUGAUGGCGUCGAUAGCCCCGGUGCCGAUACCAUGUCCGACGAUGGAACAGUUGACGGCAGCGAACAACUCAUGGAUCCCAUCUUGAAUCCCCAUCGCCACGGUGUUCCAUACGUCAGCAGUCCUCGUCCUCGUCCUCGACCUAGGAGUUUCCAUGAGGUUCCGAGUUACCACGUCGAUAUGCCGCUACUUCCCUUUGAUCAGGUUCAACAAAUGGGUCCCUGGACCCCAGGAGCCCCGUAUACCCCCGGCUCGCAUGGCACACUACCUGUAGACCUGGCCGCACAAGAUCGCUACGAUCGAAGAUCACGAAGCCCCGGCGUUCCGCUCGGUUACGAAAUUGCGGCAGGGUACAACGAACGUGCAAGGAGCACCUCUCGGCCUCCGUCGCGACGACACACACUCGAGUCGAGCUCCGGCUUCCUUGGCCCCCCUCCGGUCCCCAUGCACGCCUCCGGAGAGAGUAGCUCUCGACCACUGGGAGUCAACAACUACGGACAUGAAUCUCGCACAGGUUACUUUGAACAUGAAGAUGUCAGACGUUUCCCAGGGUGGAGCAACCCCCAUGUCUUUUUGACCGAGCAACCGCGUCGACACGUCCCUGGCGCAGCAUUCAUGAACCCAACAGACGUCCGUGUAUCACACCUGAGACCCGAAUUAGGAUUUAGCACAUUUGACGCCAACCACGAAGCGAUCAUGGCCACCAUUCCUGGAAGUCGUUCAGGCAGUCGUCAGCCUUCUCGAUCAAACAGCCCUCACAUGCCCCGCGUCAAUAGCCGGUCCAGAUUGGGAAACCUUCUGAGUCGGAACUUCUCCUCGUCUAGCUUGAGUUUGGACCAGCGCGACGGGAUGGGUCGCAACUCUCGGGCCGGGAGGAGUCAGGACCGGAGCAGAAUGGAGGACGAACCACAUCAAGAAGGUAUGCUGCGAGCACUUGCUGAGGCUGCCUCGGCACAACCGGCACAGCCAGAGCUUCCGCGUCGGCACACUGGCCACCAGAUGGAGCUUCCGGUGCUAGCAUCAGAAAUAAUAGAACCAAUUCCGGUGACAAUCACAUCGGCUGAGGAGUUUGAGGCAUCGCAGCGCAGCCGAGCAGAUGGGAACAUGCAUAGGCGGGACAACGAUGAUGAUGUGACGAUGACACAAUAAAGACGCCAACAAAACAACGGCAUUCGAUUUAGCGACAACAUUUUGAGCAUCCGAGGCGGGCUAUGCAUCUAUUUGACCACGAAAACGACUGGUUGGCUUGCCGUGACACACAGCAAGACGCAUGGGCUGCAAUCAUGCAUGUAUGCAAAAGGGGUAAAUCAAUCACACGAAGGGGAGAGCUCACCAGGAGCAUGUUUGGGGCAGUGGCAGUCACUUGGCAGAGAGAGCGAAGAGUGAGGCGUUUUCGGUGGCACCCCUGGCUCUUUAUGAUAUCCAAAGGGCAUUUCUUUUAAUCGGUUUAAUCGGACUAGGGCUCACGACACUGUCAAGAGGGCAGAAAGGCAAGGGAAUUAUUCGAGACCGGCCAAAGGAUUGGCGAGUCCUGCAUCGUAGAUAUUUGGUGCUUGUGCCUGUUGGGAGAAGCACGAGCGGAGCUGUAGCUCCUGGAAGGACAAAGGACAGGACCAUUACUGAUGAGAGUAGGUGUGAGUUGCAAAGCAUUGGGCAACGUGCUCACCUCAUUAAGACAAUGGCAUAUGCUUAGCUGAAAAUAAGGCCCUCUCGGUUCAUUGAUUCAAACGAAGGGCUCCAUAGAUUCAAUAAUUGAUAGAACAAGA